AUGCCAAAUUUGAAAGCCAGGCCUGCAAAAAGGAAGCUCUCUGUCUUUCAAGACCAAAAAUCGGAGAAGCUCCCAAAAACAAAACCCAACCCUAUUAAAAGAAAGAAAAAUGCCCUAAAUGAAGUAGUUGAUAGGAACGCUAAGGAGACCAAAAGAAGUUCUCAAGUUAAUGAAGGUUAUAAGAUACCAAGUAUACUCGCAUCUGAUAUCAAUAAACCUGUGGAACCACUUAAAGUCAAGAAAACAGUAGGUAAAAAUAAAAGUGCCAUGAUAUCCUCUGAAACUUCUCGAGCCUGUACCUCUAAUGAUAGAAACGAUAAUGAUAUCUUCACGAAAGAUGUGAUGAAAGAGAUCAGAUCAAUAACCCCUUUUACUAAUGUCGUCUUAGAUAAGGGUGUUAUUCUAGUCGCGCUGAAUUUAAAUACUGAGGGCCACAAUUACAAAAAGUACGACACUGAACUAGCAGCUUUGGCCAAUUUCUUACUUAGCGACGAGCCGCUUGGAGUAGAACAGAGUAUUGCGUUAGAAUUUCUUUCAAAAAACAAAAACUUUCUGGAUACUUUGGAUGUUCUUGUUGAGAAAAUCAAGGCCAACAACAAAAGAACUUUGGAAAAGAUGAGCUGCUCAGGCUCUCAAGCAUCCAUCAAUACAGUUAACGCCAAAAAUGGUAAGGUUAUAAAACAGUUGCCAAUAUUGACUUCGACACAAGCGAAUCAAUCAUCAUCGUUCGUUACCUUGGAGAACUGA